UAAUAGAGUGAGAAUAACUGAAUGAGAGAGUUAAUCACUGCCAAUUAAGAAAGGGAGAUUUAUAAUUUCUUAGUCUAGGUUACCUAAUGAAUUUGCAACAAUGUAAUAUUGACAUAUUGUUAUAAUGUUAUGUUAUUUUUUUUUAGGCUAUGUUGCAACUUAUUUUUAACCCUUGGUUUACCAAAUUAACUAAAACCAAAAAGCCAUCUAGCCCAUUGUAUUUAAAAUUCUAUCUCCUAACUUUUAACAAAAAGUCCAUAAUAUCCUUACAUGACAAUUGGUUGGCCAUAUUUUUAUUAACAAGAAUGAAAAAAUUGACAAGUAUACUACAAAUAUUUUGUACUCCAUACUUCGUAUUUAUACAAUCGUAUGUCAUAAUUUAAACCUGAUUAAACUCUAAUUUAUUCAGAUUCGAGCUGGGUGAGGCCUCAACUAGACGAAAGCUCUCCCAACAAAUACGGCUACGACUAUAACUUUGGCUAUAACUUUGUCAUAUCAUAUCUCAAAACUACCCAAAAACAUACAUAAAACUAUUUAAAUACCCCAUCUCACUAUCUUUAAAUACAUUAAAAAAAAAAAAAAAAUCAUAAACACAAUACAUCUCUCAUUCUCUCUCCUCUCUCUUUCUCUCUCCUCUUAUACAAAGUUGAGAGAAGAGGAAGACUUUGGCUCCUUAUUCUUCUUCGACCCACCCCUUCAAAAAUAUUUUGUAAACUCCCCAUCUCAAACAAAAGCUUACAACUCUGAACUGUUAAUGAUGGACCAAAGUCACCUGGAUCAAGUGGGCAAAAGCUCGCCGGAAACGCUUUCGGAUUCAUCUCUUUCUCCAGAUUCACCUGAUUCAAAUGACAUAUUUGGAGAACCAUUGGUGCAUCCACGAGUUGGUGAUGAGUACCAGGUGGAAAUCCCAUCUUUACAAAGCAAGUCUGAACUUCGUCAGCUGAUGAAAAAUCCAGCUGAAUCAAAAGGCAUUACUGACUCUUCACAUUCUUUUCUAAUGGGACUCCCUUUACCAGUGAUGUGGAUCUCUAAUCAGGCUUAUAUAAUCAAGCAUAGGAUGGAAUGCCCUAAUGAUCCUCAUGCAAUUUACACAAAUGGAUUUUUGGAGUCUAAAAAGAUUGUGGGAAUUAGCCAGAUUUCUUCAGUAAAAAAAGAGCCAAAUGUCAAAGGUGAGGUUCCGAAACAAACAUACUGGCUUGUCCCUGGUCAAUCAAGUGCUUUGUGGAGUGAGUUUGAAGCUGAUAGCUUCCUUCUUGGGUUGUAUUUUUUUGGAAAGAAUCUUCUCCAAGUGACGAGGUUCAUGGAGAGCAAGGGUAUGGGACAAAUUUUGGCGUACUAUUAUGGAAGGUUUUAUGGGUCUGGAGGAUAUCGUAGAUGGUCAGAGUGUCGAAAGAUGAGAAACAAGAAGUGUGUACUUGGACAUAGAUUUUUCACAGGAUAUAGGCAGCAUGAACUCUUUGCUCGUUUAGCCCCUCGUCUCUCUGAUGUAUCCAAAACUAAUCUGUUGGAGGUUUCUAGGGCAUUUGCUGAGGGAAGGACAACCUUAGAUGAAUAUGUUUCCUCACUCAAAGCCUUGGUUGGAAUCCAUGGUUUAGUAGAAGCUGUUGGAAUUGGGAAGGGAAAGGAGGAUCUAACGACAUUCAUUUUGGAUGGCUCAAAAAAUAGCCAAAUACUCACUCAUCGACCUGAAAUUCCUUCUGGCAAGGCCUGUUCUUCUCUAACCUGUGCUGAGAUAGUAAAGUAUCUGACAGGAGACUUCCGUCUUAGCAAAGCUCGAUCUAAUGAUCUCUUCUGGGAAGCUGUUUGGCCUCGUUUGUUAGCAAGAGGUUGGCAUUCUGAGCAGCCUAGGGGUGAUGGUUAUGCUAGCACAAAGAACGGUUUGGUUUUUCUUAUGCCAGGGAUUAAGAAAUUUUCACGAAGGAAGCUUUCAAAGGGAGAUCACUACUUUGACUCCAUCAGUGAUGUUCUAGCAAAAGUUGCCAGUGAUCCAGAGCUUCUUGAGCUGGAAACUGAUGAAAUUAAACCUAGUAGCUCCAAGAUAGAAGAAAAUGGGUGGUCCAUUGCAGUGAAAUCAGAUGAUGAUCAAGAUUCUUCUGACCAUGAGCGUCAUUGUUACCUCAAGCCUCGAGUCUCCUCAGAAAUUUCAAAUCUUUUCAAGUUCACUGUAGUUGACACCAGUCUGGCUCAUGAAGAUAACCCUUCUAAGGUGAGAGAACUGAGGAGUUUACCUCAUGAAGCUAAAAGAUCUUCUUCCAGAAAAUCUGAUUUGGCAUUGGAGGUCAAUACUGAUAGGAUGAGAAAUGGUCUUCAAAGCCUAGCUCUUCACACUCAUCCAAAAGAACCAAAGAGUGUUACUGGUGGAAGCGAACAAGGCAGCAUUAACUUAGAACCUCUGAAAAAGCCAGCUGAUGCCAAUCUACCAACAGACCACAAAUCAAGAACCAUUAAACAUCAAUUCAGCCGCCGUUCAAAAUCAGGCCCCUCAGGCUGCUCAGUCACAAAAAAACGGAAGUUAGCUUCUUGUGUUGAGGCGGAUCUGACUUGUGUUUUGAGCUUGCCAGCUAAAAAGAAAAAAAAGGCUGCUGCUUGUAGAGUUGGGGUGACAAAUGAUAAUGCCGUUCCUUCUGGAGUGAAUCUGUCUGACAAUGUGCAAGUAAUUUCUAUGGAACAAUCAGCUGCAAGACAUCCCAAUGAAAAUGUUCACCAGGAUCAGGACCAAAGCUUGACCCAUGUUAGUUCCGAUGUUUCCCAGGAAAAUGAAACAAACCCUAUUAAUCAGACAGUUAUUGACUUAAACUUGCCUCAGGUUUCUUCUGAACCUGAGAGUGAUGGCAAAGUAAAGCAGCACGAAGGGGAAAAUAUUCCCUCAUCCAGUUCUUCUGCUGUGCGGAUUCCUGUGGGGAUUCCCUCAUCCAGUAGUUCUGCUGUGGGGAUUCCCUCAUCCAGUUCUUCUGCUGUGCAGAUUCCCUCAUCCAGUUCUGCUGUGGGGCCUGUUAACAAGGUUGGAAACUCAUUAGACCAACAACCAAGAAGGCAAAGCACUAGGAAUCGUCCACUAACAACCAAAGCCCUUGAAGCUCUUGAAAUUGGGUUCUUGAGCCCAGUAAGGCAUAGUCGAAAGCGCUCUUCGUCUACUACAUUAGAUCAAAAGUCAAAGCAUACUCGUCAACCACGCAGCAAAAGCUCCGUGUACCCCCCCACUAUGGAUUUUGAGGUCAGGGCAUCAACUGAUGAAAAUUGUAAUGGGAAUUCAGGUAUUCUGACCAAUGCUACUCCGACUGAGAAGACAGCCAUGACUCGUGAAUUGUUAGGGCUUCCAGAAACUUCCUUUCCACCUGCAGCCUCGUCAAAGGAGAUGUUUACGUAGUAGAGCUCUAUUAUGUUAAUUUGACGAGUUUUUUUAUCCUAUUUAAAAGUCCACCUCUCAGCAAGCAGGGUUUGCUGUUAUCUGCUGUAGAAUUCAUUGGAAGUGCUAGAAAUGUAAUUUCUGGGACUCACAUGAAGUCAUAUGGCCAAGCAUGCCUUAAUUCACAGCUGCUUGAUUAUGACUGAUAAACAUUGCCGAUACUGUAUAUACAGCACAAAAAGCAAGGAAAGUCGUAGGCAGAAAUUAGAGCGGUCAGUCUGGAGUUUGCAGAUCACAGCAGAGAAGGGAAGUUGAAAGUUAAGCCGGAAUUUUUAGCUCUGAAUUAAAAGCAAGCAAUUGUCCAUUGCUCUUGGUUCUCCAAAAUGUCAUCCAUUUACUGGCAUUGUUCAUAAUAGCAUGUUUCAACACAGGUAAAAGACCCGAAAGAGUUUCUUUUAUACCUGCUGAUUGACAAUUCCUUUUAUACCAGUCUCUUACAGUUAAUAAGUGUAAUAUUUUUGUUACAAAUUUUCGUAGUUUUUCUUUCGACAUUGUUGGUUUAGGAUUCUGUCUAAAUAUAAUCGAUUAAAGUUCCCAAUUACCUUCCAGCUGUGAAUAGUUCACAGCUUCAUGUUCAUAUUGCAUAUCAGUCAUUUACUCUGUAGGAAUUUUGCUUGUAGCUAGUGAUUGAUGUUUCGUCUUUUGGCUCCUGAUUGUGUAAAUUAUGGUGCUCUCAGAGG